AUGUCUGCCCUCCGCCCGACCACCACAGACGAGGCCGCCUCGACCUCUAACCUGGGCCCCAGCAACCCCCGGGUAUCCGUACAAGGAUCUGUCCCGCCCUCAAGGUCUCCCCGAUUGCCCCUACAGAACACCUUGCACUCAGCACCGGGCUCCACCCAGAUAUCAAUAGGAGAAACUCCUAGACCCACUAACACCUUCAGAGGGUCGGUGCAGGGGUCCAUCUCGCCCGUGAAGCCCGCCUUUAUCAAAAUAUCGGCACCAGCACCUCCACCACCCAAUAACACUCCCCCAGUGUUACUACUUGGAUUAACCUCUCCCUCAGUAUCCUGCUCCACCUUGGGUUCGGUGCAAGGACCACCUACACCCAAUAACUCCCCCCCACUAUCAGGACAAGAGUCCAACCGUGUCUCCAUGCCCGACUCCCAGCAGUUAGCUGCAGAAAGAUCUGCCCCGCUCUCAGCCUUGUCCCGAGAGUCGGUACAAGGGUCUGCCCCGCCCUUGGUGGUCAGCUUUCCUGAGAGUUUGGUGCGAGGAUCUAUCGCGAUUUCGGACUCCUCCCGAGUGUCGAUUCGAGGGUCCCCCCCGCCCUCAGAUCUUAGCACCCCUCAGAGUUCGAUACCAGGACCUCUUACUCCCGUGAACUCUCAAGUGUCCACACAAGAGUCCACUCAGCUCUCAGAGCAAAGUUACCCCCAAAGAUUAGUGGAAGGAUCGGCUCCACCCCUGGAUUCCCCCGGGGUACCAGUACCAGGGGUCGCUCCGCCCUUGGAGCCCGGCUCCGCCCAGGAAUCGGUGGAGGAAUCGGCUCCGCCUUCGGGCUCCCCCCGAGACUCGGUAGAAAAGUCCGCUCCGCCCUCGGCCAGACCCACUCCUGUACCCACGCCCCGGGAGAGCCGCAACCAGAGCAUGGAGAGUCUGCAGAAGACGAGUGACGCGGGCCAGAUGUUCGACGUAGUCGUGAUAGGAGGCGGCAUUUCAGGAUUAUCUGCUGCCAAACUCUUAGCCGAACAUGAAGUUAAUGUUUUGGUUUUAGAAGCCCGGGAGAGAGUUGGAGGAAGAACAUACACAGUGAGGAAUGAACAUGUUGACUACGUAGAUGUUGGCGGUGCUUAUGUAGGCCCAACCCAGAAUAGGAUCUUACGGUUAUCUAAGGAACUGGGUUUAGAAACUUACAAAGUGAAUGUAAAUGAGCGUCUUGUUCAUUAUGUCAAGGGGCUUUCCAGGUGCACUAGUGGUAAAGAAUCUGCCUGCCAAUGUAGGCGAUGCAAGAGAUGCAGGUUCAGUCCCUGGAUUGAGAAGAUCCACUUGAGGAGGGCAUGGGCAGUAUUCUUGCCUGGAGAAUCCCAUGGACAGAGGAGACAGAGUUUGCUGUGA